AUGUUGGAUGUCCAGCCUGCUGUGUUCGAGGAGCGUCACCCCUUCGUCUGUACUAUGGAGGAUGUCAUACAGCCGCGUACGGCCUAUACCGUGAGGCCUCGCCGCGUGUGCUCGGAGGCUGCAUGUUCGCCUCGCGUGGGCCCGUGUCGAUCGCGGUCGCUUCGCCCCUCGCGAAGCUUUCGUCCACCCGCGCGCCGCUUUCGCAUUCUAAGUAUGUCGGUUUUUACAGCGGCGCUGCCGGGUUUCGCGUCUGCCCGCCGCCUGGCACCGGGGCUUCGCCCCCCGCGUCCCGCCGCGCGCGUUAGGAGCCCUCGCUCCAUUCGAUCCUUGAACGGAGUCGUUCAGCAUGUUUUUGCCAUAUCGGGCAUGUAUCAAGCGCAAAACAGAAAGUUCAUGUUUGAACGAGUUCAUCAUGUGGCAAGCCACAUUGGCAUGUCUGAGAUCCACCUAGAAGGCUCUCCAUUUCACCUGGACUCCGUUACAUUAAUUUCCAGUUAUGGUGAUUAUAAAACUAGGUCCGAAACACUUGAUCAUCAUAACCCUAUUUGCAGGAUGUCGUCCCGACGGAACGGGUCGGUUUCCCGCGCCGCGGAGGCUGCCUCCAAGAACCGACUGCAUAUGGAUAGGAAUCCACAACACUCAAGGAUCACAGAUCCUUCAAAUCCGGCCGGUCGCCGGAAGGAAAUAGACAACGUUAUGAAGAGAGCCCGCCAGGCUUCUCCGGGCAGUUGGGACCGGAAACUGCUGGAGGUGGAGGAGAAAGACCCAAAUCGGUGGCGUCACACUGGAUACAAACAGCUGUACCUCGAUGGGUCCAAGUCACCGUCGCCCAGGAGGUCUCGCUCCCCGGCUGUUAGGCGAUCCAGGACACCACUGCCGAGUCGUCGGUCCCGAUCUCCAAUAGGUCGACGGUCCCGCUCGCCCGUAGGGCGCCGGUCGCCGCGCAAGUCGCGCUCCCGUUCCGCCAGGCGUAGCCCUAGGCGCAGUCCCAGAAGGAGCCCGAUUAGACGCAGUCCGGCCCGAAGCCCCCGGCGGCGCUCUCCCCGCGCGCCCCCUCCACGUCGCGACGCGCGACGUCCACCACCAGCUCGCCCAGCCAGACCGCCGUCACCGCCAGAUCCAAGAAAGUCGUCAGGAUCAGGUUCCUCGGUGAGCAGUUGUUCAGACGAGUCAUGCUCUGUGUGCUCUGCCAAGAACAAGAAGACUGCGCCACCACAACCUCCCAAAGGCGUUAAACCCAUUCCCCCCGCUACGCGCGAACCGCCGGCUCGACCCGCGGCGCGCGCUGUGCAACCUACGCGCGAGCUACUGAAAGCACGCGAGGCUAGCAAGCGGACCAGGGAGGAGAAGGUAUUAGAAUGGCAACGCACACAGAUGGCAGUGCGCCCUCCAGUCCCCGCCACCCACAUCAAACGCGAAGGCGAGCGCAGGCCUGCGCCCCCAGCGGCCGCGCCCCCGCGUCCCAGCCGACGAGACCCGCGCGAUCCCCGCGCCGUCUCUCCGGCCGCCAUCGCCGCCGCGCUCAACGACAGUGAUUCGGAUUCUGAGUCUGAUGCAAGCUCUGAUCCGCAGCCCCAGAGGCUAACCCUAUCAGAGCGUUUCGGCAAGAUGGCCCAAUGGUCGGCGGACAGGUCGGCCCGACUGGAGAACAUGCGCAUCACGCGGCGUGAAACCACGCUGCAUGUCCGUAUUGAACGCGACGAGUCUGCUACGCCUGCCCCAGUUGCGCCGCAGCCCUACCCAGCCUUGGAAGGUGCUGCAGCAGGAAGCUACCCCGAGGAGCUACUGCUGGCGGCGCCGGCCGGGCUACCUUCCUGGGACGAUGUAAGGGUGCGGUACGACUACUACAAGAAGCGGGGAUAUCUAAGAGGUCUUACACUGGGCGAUUAUGUAAAAUGGGAAGAAUGGUGGUACAAGUACCAAGAAUGGCUGAAACACGAGCGAGCCUACGAGAGAUGGGCUGAAGGAGAGGUUGGAACGCGAAUAAGUGUGGGAGAGCAGAGCUUCGGCACGAAUGGGUCGGCUCGACCGGAGUGGUACGUCGCGAGAGGCGACGUCGAGGCGGGCGCCACAGAAGGAGCUGAGGACGCGCCGCCCCCGCUGCCGUCCUGUCCGUGGACUUGGCAGCGGGGGCUCUCCCCGACGUCAUCUAGGGGAGAACUCUGGACACUACAUAGUGCCAACUUAGUGAUAGUGUACAGUGUUAGAUGAAGCGUAAAGACACAUCUCCAAUGUGAUAUAAAGCUUCAGUAAGCCUUAAAUAUUAAUUAAAAUAACUUUCUUUACUUGUGUUGCGACAAAAACGGGUUGGAACGCUUCGAGUGAGAAUGAUUUCCAAGAUGACCAAAUACAGCUUCAGUCAGCGAA